GACUCCCACCUCCACACACCCAUGUUUUUAUUUCUCAGCAACUUGUCCUGUUCUGAGUUUUGCUUUUCCUCUGUCACAAUGCCCAAAUUGUUUCAGAACCUGCAGAGUCAAGUCCCAUCUAUCUCCUAUGCAGGUUGCCUGGCCAAGAUGUAUUUUCACCUUUUCUUCUCUUCUCUAGAGAUUUUCCUUCUUGUGGCCAUGGCCCAGGCCAUCUGCGUCCCCCUGCACUACACCACCAUCCUGAACCUCCAGCUCUGUCCAGCUCUGUUGGUGCUGUCCUGGGUGCUGACCACUGCCCAUGCUCUGUUGUAUACCCUGCUCAUGGCCAGGCUGUCUUUCUGUGCUGAGAAUGUGAUCCCAUAAUUUUUCUGUAACACAUCUGCUUUGUUGAAGCUGGCCUGCUCUGACACUGCCAUCAGUGGGUUGGUGACAUUUUCCAUGGGAAGCCUCUUUCUCAUCAUCCCAUUCUUCUCAUCAUGUCCUAUGCAUGUAUUGCCUCCUCACCUCUCCAUGGUGUCACUGUCCUAUGCAACAGUUAUUGUUCUCUGCUUAUGUCCAUAAACUAAUCAUUCUACUAUUAAGGAGACCAUCAUGACUGUGAUGUAUACGGUGGUGACCCCCAUGCUGAAACCCUUCAUCUACAGCCUGAGGAACAAUGACAUGAAGGAAGCCUUGGAAUGUCUUUUGCAAAAAGGAAAUUUUUUUUUUAAAUGGUAA